AUUCAAUCAUAUUGAGCAGACUAAUGCGCUGCUUGGACAUUUGGUGACAAGAACUCGAUAAAUUCUAGAACGAGAUAUAUCAGUCUAUCCUGUUGAUCGUACAAUUGAGCGAUAAAAAGGUUUAUGUUACAACAAUUAAAUUAUCCGCGUUCGAAGAUUGUUGCGAUCAUGCGCUGGCACAGGAAACUGGAGAUUUAAUGUUGAACAAAGGCACGAGAAUAAAUUACAAAAGUGGAAAGAAUGCCGAGUUGCGGCAGCCUGUUCAGAAUCAUUAGACGGCGCCUCGUACUUGGCCUCAUCUUCGCUUUGUCACUUACCUACUGCGCUUUUUCACUUUUUCGCAACGAGCUUUGGAUAAUGAUCUCGAUGACAUGGAUCCUAUGAUAAUUAAUGACAAUAACGACGACUUGAUCUCUGAUGAUGAUGCAUUGUCAGAACAAUUGAGAGCAUCCGGUAAACCACCACUGUGGCAGAUGGCAAUUGUUGAUCAAGGGGCAAACGAGAAUUUAUUGAACGUAGAGGCGAUGCCGAAUUUGAAUGACACUGAUAUUGUGGUUCAUUCUUGUCGUAAUUCCAUCCAGGGCAAAGUUCUAAUAGUAGAUGAGCGUGGUAUUGUAUGCUCUAGACAAGAAAUUUUGUCGAAUGGCUGCUGCAACAUGGAACAGAAAGAUUCUAAUAAAAAUGAAGAUACACCAAAUAUAGCUAAAAAAGAGAGGUAUAGCUGUAAAACAUGUAACGCUCAAGGAUGCUGCGCUAUCUAUGAAUAUUGUGUUUCUUGCUGCCUACAUCCUGGCAAGCAAAUAAAAGGAAGAAAAGAUGUGCUAUUAGGUCUGCUUCGAGACAAUCACAAAGCACACAGGGACCAAGAUGCAGUAAAGAAACGCCUGCGCAAUUUAGAUCGCUUUCAAGUUUGUCUGGCUGCAUGUCGUACUUCCAGUGCAAGCGUCCGCCAUGAGAAUACCUAUAAAGAUCCACAUUCGAAACAUUGUUAUACACUUCAACCACCAUCACAUCAAAGACACCGUCGUGAUAUUGAUUCAUAUAAUAAUAAUGACGACAACUCUGUUGUCGUUGCAUCUUUUUCUGUUAUGCCGUUACUUACCCUCUUCUCUCCCUUUUGCCUACUUAUACAUGCAAAUAACAAUUCGCUCUUACUAUCGUGUAACUAUCACUCACCGAUAUUAUUCGAGUAUUACUCUCACGUACGGCCAUCUUAAAAUACAAACUAAAUUUACUCUACAAUGUUUUUCAUAAAAAUGAUUAAAGUCCGCGUAUAGGGUUGGAUUUCUAACGCAAUACAUUCCGAUAACUAAUAUUUAAGUUAGAGGGAAGUUCUCCUUCUGAGAUACGAGUUUAAAUUUUACUCAUCUGAUUGAUAACUAUUUUAAAAUCUUGGAAGGACUUGAUUUCCAUUCUUUGAUAUUUCAAAAAAAUCUACGAAAUUUUCACAAAAGUUUUUAUUUAACUGCUGAAGAUAGAAAGAAAUUAGAAUUGGAAAAGAAAGUAGUUCGAUUUGAAAUCGAAGUGAUAUUUGAAACUAUUAACAUUUGAAACAUGUUACACUUGAACAACCUAGUUUUAAAUAUGUUACUUGAGAUCUAGAGAAAUAUUGUUUUAACCCACGAACAAAUAGCACCGGUUAACAAAAACGUCUUUCUGACAAUAUUUGGCUAUAAAUCUCAUGUUUCAUAUUAUAAAACUUGAUCCAUUUAUAUAAUUUAUUUUCUCAAAAUUUAUAUUUUCUGUAGAGGAUGUGUUCUUUUGUCCUUGGCGCGUACCCGAGACGCAGUACCGUUGGGCCCAUAAAAUAA